AUGGAAGGGCAGGAGAAUAGGGAGAUUGGUGUUGCCAACAACCUUGAUUAUGUGUCCGAUGAUAAAAAUGGUUUGAAGAAGCGAAAGUCUACGUAUUCGAGGAAAGGAUGUCUUCAAUGUAAAAAGGCCCACACCAAGUGUGACGAAAGGAAGCCUCAGUGCACCAGAUGUGCAAAGAGAGCCAUAAAUUGUACGUACAAGAACCAUUUUGUUUUCCAGAAAAACGAAUUCUCAAGCAGUAGUCCUGGGUUAGAGUAUGUUCAGUCUGGAUUAGGUACCGAUAACUUGAACAAUUGCAUAGACACCCAGCAUACAGCAACAGCAACAACAAUAACUAAUACUACUAAUACUAAUACCAAUACUAAUAUCAAUAAUAAUGCUGACAUCAAUACAACCAAUAAUAAUAAUAGACUUGAUCAGCAGCAUCAGCAACAGCAUAAUCUUAACUCACAUGCUCAUGUGGUUAACAAUAUUCACAAUAACAAUAGUGGCCAGGCAGAUAAAAGUUCAGACCCUAAUGCAUACGGUGUUGGUCCAACACCAAUGGGGAUUCCUGUUCCAGCUGGGUACCAUAACGCGUCGAUGCCAUUGCAAAUGGUAGGAACUACGCCUUCUUUGCAACUGCCGAUUUCUCCAACUCCAGGGUCUACAAUAAACAGCCCUAUCGGAAACGCUAAUAUACCAGUUAGCAAUAAUGUUGGUGCAUACGUUCCGACACAUCACGGACCUAUGAAUCUUGGAACCCAUUAUCCGCAGAACCUUGGCAACCCAAGUGGGGUAACGACUCUACCACCAUUAAAUGUAGAACUAACACAAGGAAUGGGUAACCAGCCCAAGAAAACUGAUGACUCUCCCGGAAUGCCCGAUCAUGCUGCUGCUCAACAAAUGAAAGGCAUAAAUGGUUUACAACAACAGCAACAACCUUCUCAGCAGUACCCAGAUCAAAGGGUAUAUCAUCAGACUGUAAGCCCUGGAUCCAAGCCGUAUCCUUACCCAAGUUUGCAGUAUCAAAGACAAAAGUCAGGUGGUUUGAUGGCCUCUGAUACCAAUUUCAACACGCAUCUUUACAACAAUGGGAAAUUAUCAAAUGAUCCUCCAGGAACGUUCCCAACUGAUAUUGGUUUCGAUCAGCGGAAACUUUACCAAAGCGUUAAACAGAGUUUAGCUCCCAACGCAAACAAAAAUAAUUUGUACACUACCACAGCUCCCUCUCCUUCUACAAACAAUGUUCCUUUGGAAAAGAGUACUAGUAAUCUAGAUUACAGGUUAAUGUCUGAUUCUAAAAAUAAUGGAACUUCCAAUGAUUCAUUCAGCAUUAGCAGAGAGAAAUCUGGGUCAGCAUUAGGGACUGAUACAGAUGGUAACAAUCUGGACUCAGAUAUCGUUAAUAUAAGAGAUUAUAUCUACAUUUCUCCGACUGACUGGAACUUUUUGAACCUCCUAAGGUUCGAUCAAAAUGACACUCGAGACAAUACCCCAGAGUUGGAACAAUCCAUGCAGACUAAUUUAUUUCAGUUGUGUUGGAGGGGUGCUUCAAGCAGCGAAAUACAUUCUGUAUUCAACUCCUAUGAUCCAAUUCAAAUCCUCUACGCUACCGAAAACCCUUCAACAGCGACAACAAUCCCAUUAGACGAUCCAAAACUAUUGAACUUUAUCUGGACAGUAGUAAGAACUACUUUACUCUGUGGGAACUUGAUCUUAUUCCCAUUCAAGGACCACUUCGAUCUGCUACUGGAUAUUUUUAUUUCAAUGGGCAGAAAAUAUCCAUUGAUGAAAGAUGUGUUCGUUUAUGUGGCUUCGCUAUUUAUGAAGGAUACAUACUACAACUCUAAUUUGAAGUACUUUGCCCAUAUUUGGGAUCGGUAUGUUAGAAUGCCAACUCUAAAGAGAUGUUUGGAUCAGCUCACGGUGUUAAUCAGAAAAUCAAACGAUUAUUGCGAUAAUAUAUCGCUUGCAUUCACGGUAACUUUAUUAUUCGCUGCUAACAGUGCUAAUAAGAGCACAGAGUGGCGAACCCAUCUCAGAGGAGUUCAUGAUCUAUUCCAAAGAGUGGAGAGAUUGAAACCCUCUCAAAUAAAAGAUGAACACACAGAGAAAAACGCACACGAAUGCUACCUUUUUGUGAAAGAUUGGUUUUGUCAUGCUGAAGUUUUAGCAUGGAUUACUUCUGACAAUGGAGGAUGCUUCAGCAGCCAAGAAGACCUUGAGAAACUAUUGAAUCAAGCUGCUUAUUCGAAAUAUAACCUUUUGAAUGGACGCUUAGACUUAAUCAGAGGGUACACAGCAGAUUAUUAUCCCAUCUUUACCAUGCUCAGUAGCAACCUGUUAAAAUCAAAGAAACAAGGGAAACCAUUAUCUGGUACAAACAUGUUAAGGUCGUACUUCUUGGAAUCAGAUUCAGAGGUUUUAAAUUCACUGAAGAAUGUAGGGCUGAAUGCUUUGGCUCUACUCAGGAAUAUUCCUAUUGACGACGAAUACCUUAACCAAGCUACUAUUGGGCUUUCUGAUGUCAGAUUGAAGUUGUCGAUGAAAAACUGCACUAGAAUGUAUCAUUAUGCUCUCGAAUUGUACCUCGAAAUAUUUUUCUUAAGGAAACAAAUAGUAUCUCAGUAUGUGCAACGCAGGUUAGAAAAAAUGCUCGAAUGUCUCUUUUCUAUUCCAUUCCAAAGCACUUGCAGUAUCACAUGCCAUUGGCCCAUCUACUUGGGUGCCCUAAUCUCAUUGUUGAUUAAGGAUCAAACUUUGUAUUCACACUACACUUCUGUCUUGAAAUCAUUCGUGACUAAUGGUAUGAAUGUUGCUUCAAAUUCUCUAGAGAGGCUUUCUCAUAUAUCCAAGGCAUUAUCAUAUGGGGACUACAAUAGUCUUGUAGACCCAGCACACGACUACAUAGUUUAUUAG